GUUGGAAGUUUCAGCACGAGUUCAUUCUGUGAAUGCUUUUUUUUUUUAUUCUACAGACCGAUCAUCACCAAGGUGUUUAAUGAUCCCAUCCAUGGUAGCAUAGAGUUACACCCACUCCUCAUCAAGAUCAUUGACACACCUCAGUUCCAGAGACUUCGAUUCAUAAAGCAGCUUGGAGGUGUCUACUUUGUUUACCCUGGAGCGUCUCACAACCGCUUUGAACACUCGAUCGGGGUGGGAUACUUAGCAGGAAAACUUGCUGAGGCUCUCAGGUCAAGGCAGCCGGAACUCAACAUCACUGAAAGAGACGUCCUUUGUGUUCAGAUUGCUGGCCUCUGUCAUGACCUGGGUCAUGGACCCUUUUCCCAUCUGUAUGAUGGACUGUUCCUCCCCAAAGCACUGGAAAAAAAGAGGAAAUUAAAGAAAUGGAAGCAUGAAAAUGGCUCUUGUGACAUGCUAGACCACCUGCUGAAAGAGAAUAAUCUUGAACCAGUGAUGGAGAAGUAUGGACUGAAACCUGAAGACGACAUAAUAUUCAUCAAGGAGAUGAUUGCUGGACCUCUACAGGAAUCUAAAGAGCAGGAGUGGGACUUCAAAGGGCGCCCAGAAGAAAAGUCCUUCCUCUACGAAAUUGUGUCCAACAAAAGAAACGGCGUUGAUGUGGACAAGUUUGACUACUUGGCCAGGGACUCUUUAUACCUGGGAAUCAAGAACACCUUUGACUUUCAUCGCUUCCUGCAGUUUGCCAGAGUGUGUGAGGUUGAUGGAAGGAAAACUAUCUGCACCAGAGACAUAGAGGAGGACAAUAUGUACGACUUGUUCUACAUAAGACACCGUCUCCACAAAAGAGCCUAUCAGCACAGAGUAAACAAAGUCAUUGAACAUAUGAUUGCAGAGGCUUUUUUGAAAGCAGACGGUCACAUUGAGAUUGAAGGAUCAGGAGGGAGGAUGUUCACUCUCUCUACAGCCAAUGAGGACAUGGAGGCCUACACAAAGCUCACAGACAACGUGUUUGAGGAAAUACUGAAGUCUUCCCGUCCUGAGUUACAAGAGGCAAGAGAGAUUCUGCAAAACAUUGUCUCUCGAAAGAUCUACAAGUUUGUUGGUGAGAGAAAGCCAUCAAGGAUUGGAAAAGCCAGAUUACUGGCUGGAAAGAAAUUGGCUCAACCCCUCCCUGACGAGGAAGAAAACAACCUGAAACCAGAGGACUUUGAAAUCCUGGUCAUUAACAUGGACUACGGCAUGAAAGACAAGAACCCUGUUGAACAUAUGCAUUUCUACAGCAAAAAGGAGCCUGACGUGGCAAAGCCAAUGUCCCCAGAAAAUGCAUCCAGGAUUAGAACAGAGAUCUUUUCUGAGCAGCUGAUCAGGGUCUUCUGUAAGAAGAUUGAUGAACAGAGUGUGGAGGCUGCCAGACAGCAGUUUGAACAGUGGUACAAUGAUUUUCUAAUCCUUUGAUAAUAGUUGAAUAUUAAGAUGUUAAAGGAUACAAUAUCGACUAACUUGCUGUUGAUUGAACAUAAAACCAGUUGAUUUGGCUAAAGUAAAUAGAAAACAGUCCACAUUGAGUACAGUUUAUUUAAUAUGGUUGAACAUGUGAUCUACAAUCUGCUGAGUGUGGAAAACAUUAGCUGUGCUAGCAUCCUCAGCCUUCGGUCUUCCUUUCAGGUUAACGUAUGCUUACCUGUGCUGGUGAAGCUCUACUCUAAUAGAUUUGAUACUUUAACUUAACAAAAUACUGCCAAAGUGAGCAACACUCCAACAUGUUAUUGGUCCUUUGUCCUGGUUUGCAUCCAGGUUAGACAGCAAGUCUAGACAGUCAGUCAGGUUUCUGUACUGAAACAAUUUUACUGACCUGUAUUGGAACCGUGCAGGACUCUGGUUUGGGGCCCUCAGGUUAAGAGAGGUAAGCAACAGCAGCAUGGGAGUGAAACCAAAAGAUUAACCAACCCUCUGGUUUCUUCAACUUUCACUCAGGAGCAAAAAUCAGCUUUUAGAUUUGAAAAUUUGAAAGUAAUAAUGAUUGACAAUUAUUGUGAUAAUUAUAUCGACUGAUAUGACAUUUUGAUAACAUUUUUUUAGCCCAGGCCUAUAAGCUACGGGUCUUAUUGUGAAUAACGUGUAUCCUUCAUUAAAAGAAAAACGGACAUGUUAAAAAAAAAAUCCCUCUUCAUACAGUGUGUGCUGAUUG